AUGGUAACAGGUGGUCAAGGUAAAUUAAACCAAAAAAAUCAAAAGGGUGAUAAGAAAAACUUGAGUUAUGAUAAUAAGAUUAAUAAUAAUAUAAAUAUUAGCGUUGUGGAAAAGAGUGAAGGUAAUUAUAAAGAGAGUUAUGUCUUUUACAAAAAGGAUAUGUGUGAUGAGAAUAAUAAUAUAAGUAAUAUGGAAGGCAUUGAUCAAUUUCAUAAUUGUAAUAAUGAACAGAAAAAAAUAGAUACCACUACUAUUACUACAUAUAAUAAUAAUAUUAAUAGUAGUAGUAAUAAUAAUUAUAAUAAUGAUUAUGAUAUUGAUGAGAAUAAUAAUUUUCAUUGUCAUGAUGAUGAUCAUAAACAUUUGGAUAAUUAUUGUGUAAAGGAUGAUUAUUCACAUGAGGAUAAUGAUCAGUGCCAUGUUUGCAAUACUGUUGAUAUGCUGAAUCUUGAAGAAGAAAGACAUUUUUGUAAUGUGUGUUUUUCCUUUUUAUAUUAUAAAAAAUAUUGUUUCUAUGAAUUGUUAAGAAUAUAUAAAAAUUAUUCUUGUCUUAAUGAAGAAGAGAAAAAUCUCCUUACAGAAUCGAUUUAUGCAAAGUUAUAUAAAAUGUAUCUAACCACAUUGAAUAAUUAUUAUUUUAUUCUUAAUAUAUUAUUACCUCAAAUAUCAACACAUAUAAUAAUACACUUGUUAACCUUUACAUUCCACAAACCAGAAGAAGAUGAACACAUGAAGGAAGAAUAUGUAAUGAAUGAAAUUAUAAAUAAAUUAACAAAUCAGGAAUUGAAUAAUAUUGACAAAGUAUAUAAUUAUCAUAAUUUUAAUGUGCGACUCUUGUGUAAGGAUGAUGCUCUUAUUAUAUUGAAUGAGAUAAGAUCCAAGAUGAUCAAUAGUCAGAAUGAAAAAAAAAUAGUUGACAUGCUUAACAUGAAGUGUGGAGAUGUUAUUGUGGAUGAUAAGAAUGGUAGUGAUAAGGAUAGUGGUAAUAAUGAUAUUCAUAAUAAGGAUAUUCAUAAUAAGUAUGAUGAUAAUAUGGAUAGUAGUGAUAAGAGUAGUUGUAAUAAAAACAGUUGCGAUAAUCACUGCGAUAAUCAUUGCGAUAAUCACAGCGAUAAUCAUUGCGAUAAUCACAGCGAUAAUCACUGCGAUAAUCAUUGCGAUAAUCAUUGCGAUAAUCAUUGCGAUAAUCACUGCGAUAAUCAUUGCGAUAAUCACUGCGAUAAUCACUGCGAUAAUCACUGCGAUAAUCAUUGCGAUAAUCAUUGCGAUAAUCACUGCGAUAAUCACUGCGAUAAUCACUGCGAUAAUCACUGCGAUAAUCACUGCGAUAAUCACAGCGAUAAUCACUGCGAUAAUCAUUGCGAUAAUCAUUGCGAUAAUCAUUGCGAUAAUCAUUGCGAUAAUCACUGCGAUAAUCAUUGCGAUAAUCACAGCGAUAAUCACUGCGAUAAUCAUUGCGAUAAUCACAGCGAUAAUCAUUGCGAUAAUCAUUGCGAUAAUCACAGCGAUAAUCACUGCGAUAAUCAUUGCGAUAAUCAUUGCGAUAAUCACUGCGAUAAUCACUGCGAUAAUCACUGCGAUAAUCAUUGCGAUAAUCAUUGCGAUAAUCACUGCGAUAAUCACUGCGAUAAUCACUGCGAUAAUCAUUGCGAUAAUCAUUGCGAUAAUCACUGCGAUAAUCACUGCGAUAAUCACUGCGAUAAUCACUGCGAUAACAACAAAAUGAAUAGAACACACCUUAUGAAUAGUAACACAAAAGGGGAUGACCAAACAUGCAAAAAUACCAAUGAAUACAGUGACACUAGUUCUAAUCAUUAUUGUAAUAAUAUAGAAGAAGAUACAUAUAAUGUAGUGAACCCAGGGGUAGAUCUUGAUGUACAUAAUAUUAUAGAUUCGAAAAAUAUAAAAGAUUAUCAUAAUGAUAUCAAGGAAAAUAUGUGUAAUAAUAACAAAACGUUACAUGCUGAUGAAAAUAUGCCUAAUGAUAAUAUUUGUGCGAGGGAAAAUAAUUCAAAGUAUGAACAUACUCCUCCUGGAAUGAGGAUAUCACAAGCUUAUACCCCGACAUUAGAUGAUUACAACUUAAUUCAAAAUAUGAGCAAGGUAAGAAGUACUUUAAGACAAUUUGUAAGAGAUUGGUCUAUGGAAGGUCAAGAAGAAAGAGAUAAAGCAUAUAUACCUUUAAUAAACAGUCUAGAUAAAUAUUUACCUAUUCAUGAUAAUUAUAUUCCUAAAAUUUUAUGCCCUGGUUCAGGUUUAGGUAGAUUACCAUAUGAAAUAGCUAAAAAAGGAUAUAGAAGUCAAGGGAAUGAAUUUUCUUAUUUUAUGUUAUUAGGUUCUAACUUUAUUUUGAAUUAUUAUAAUGAGAAAUAUUCUUUAUCUAUUCAUCCAUAUUGUUUAUGCACAUCUAAUAGAAGAGGUAGAGAUGAUCACUUAAAAAUUAUACAAUUACCGGAUGUAAAUACAUAUAAUAAAAUAGUUUUAAAUACGGAUUUUUCUAUGUGUGCAGGAGAAUUAAUUGAAGUAUAUUAUUAUGAUAAAGAAUAUUUUGAUGGUGUUUUAACAUGUUUCUUUUUAGAUACAGCCAAAAACCUAUUCAUGUAUAUACGAACAUUUGCAUCCAUAUUGAAGCCUAAUUCAUUAUGGUCAAAUAUUGGACCAUUAUUAUAUCAUUAUGCUGAAAUGCCUAAUGAAAUGUCUAUCGAAUUGGCUUGGGACGAAAUUCAAAUUAUUAUAUCCAAGUGGUUUACCAUAAAGGAAAUAAAAUGGAUUGAUAAUUAUUACACAACCAAUUUUGAUUCCAUGAUGCAAGUUCAGUAUCAUUGUGUUUUUUUUAGUGCCAUCAGAAAUGACAUUCCGGUAGAUUAA